CUUCGCACUUUUGCUCCUGGGAAGGUCUCUGUUAUCCCUAUCCUAGGCAUCACCAUCCUUCAAAGGGGAAGGAGGCGGGGAAAUUCUGCUAAUAGAUGCAUCCGCACAAAGCAGCACGUUUUCCCUGCAAAGCCCUGGAGAGGAGGAAGAAUCAGCUCUCAGCAUUUGGCUGAUAUUCAAGGGCACAUCAAUCAGCGCUCCAGGAAGCUUUGGGUCAGAACAAGCCUAUUCGAACUUGAAACGAAUGAAGGGGACAGUGCGGGUCACUGACUGUGGGCCGGAGGCGGUGCGGGCCACACUCCCUGAGAGACGCGGAGGCGCUGGAGCAGAGAGUUAGGAAACGUAACCCUGGCGACCCCCAAAAGCCCCCGCCUCCCCGGCUCCUGCUCCACCUGCCUGCCGAGCGUUCUGAGCCUCCAACGCAGGCGAUGACCAGCCCCGCGCCCUUAGUGGCCUCCAUCAGCCACCAAAUGGUUGCUCUGCAGACCCUGCAGCUGCUGCAGCAGGAGUGGGGCUUGGGGGACGGUCCGGGAGCCCCCGGGAGCCCGCGAGACCUGGACCACGUGCCCACCGCCGCACCCCGUCGCUCAGGUCCAAUCCGGGGCCUGCCGCGGCCAGGACGAGAGGAAGGGGGCAGAGGAGUGGGGGCCAGGAAUGGGGGUGCCGAGGAGCUGGCAUGCUUCUCCGAGGUGGAGGGGGUGCGAGGCGCCGAGGGCGGUGCGGAGCUGCUGCCCUUCCCUCGGGACCGCGGGCCCUGCACCCUGGCGCACAUGGCGAUGCGCAGCGCGCUGGCCCGUGUGGUGGACUCGACCUCGGAGCUGGUCAGCGUAGAGCAGACGCUGCUGGGGCCCCUCCAGCAGGAGCGAUCUUUUCCCAUCCACCUGAAGGAAGGAAUGGAAGAGAUUAGCUAUGAAGAAUCAGGGAACCAAAGGAGGGAACAAAAGAUGGAUAGAUGGAUAGUCUGGUAUCUCAAUACUCCAUCGACAUUGGUCCUGCCUUUUAUUGGACUUAGACUGGCUUGAGUUGUAGGGAAAAGAUAAGGACUCAUGCAGUCAACUUCUAUUCAUUUCAUUUUCUUGUAUGCUCUAGGUGAAAAAAAUGACUAGCAUCAACAUUUUCAAAAAAGUCAUUAAAUGAGAACAUUCUCUUGCCUUGGGUUGACAGAAGAAAUUUCCACAUGUGGAUUCCUCUUUUUCAAAUCCAUAUCACAAAUAUCACAAACUUAAUAUUUCCAAGUGUGGCUCUGUCCUUUUAAGCUAUUUCCACAUUUUAAGUCCACAAGAGAUGCCAUAAAAUGUGUGGUGACAAUGACCUUACUAAAAUAGAUGGACAGCCUUUUCCAUAUCUUGUGCAUUUUUUGUAGGUUAAAGUAGACUACAAGAUAUUGCUCUUUUAAUUGCUUAUCAGAUGUUACUGGUAAUCCUUUGUCAAUUAAAAAAAAUAAAAUUUCUAUGUUGAAGUUCAAUAUAAUAAUGCAUAUUGCUUAGAAUGUUCUUUUUGUAUUUUUUACUAUUCUAAACAGAAUAUAUAGGACCUCAGCCUCUUUAAUAUAAAUAGGUUACUUAUCUCAAUGAUCAAGAUAUGGAACUUGUUCUUUCAUUUUAAAAUAAAGAGUAAUGUUGUCUUAGUUACUUUUCUCAUUGUUGAGACAAAAUAGCCAACACCCAAAGUAAAGGAAGAAAGGUUUUUUUCAGAUCACAGUUUGUAGAAGUUUCAGUCCAUAGUCACCUGGGUCCAAGGCAGAGUGGCUUCACAGAAGAGAAAUAGUCCAUGGCAGCAAACAGUAGCAAUAAGCCUGCCUUCCCUCACUUCCUUUAUAUUCCAUCCAGACUAUACAUUUAUUGAUUGGCAGCACCCACACCCAGGGUGGGGCUUCCACUAUUCACUCCCAGAACUAUGCUUUAUAAACCCAUUUAGUUAUCACACACCCUUGAUCCCAGUAUCACACACCCUAGAUCCAGCCACCUCUGAAAAGUCCCACCUCUGAGUGCGUGAAGCUUUGAGGGGACAUCUAGAUACAAGCCAUAGCAAAUGCUUUUAAAGAAAUGAAAGACCUUAGAAACUCUAUUUCAAUCUAUUCACAAAGAUAUUUGCUUUAAUUUAUAAGAAAUAAACAUACUAUGAAAAGUAAAUAAAACUUAUUAAAUGUAGCACAUGUUGUCUUAAAAUGGCUAAGUCAUAAAACACAGUCAGUGUUUAUUGUACCACAUAAUUCCAAAGUUACUACUUUAACAUUUAAACCAAAGAGCUCUAUCAUUUACCUUAAAGUGUUUCCAUGUUGGGUCUAAAAAAUUGCAAACAAAUUACAAGUUUCUUUUUAGUUAUCUAAGAGAGGAUAUUCAUUUUUUUCCUUUUUACAGGGAUCAAACUCAGGGCCUUGUUCACGUUAGACAAGCACUCUAACACUGAGCUACAUCCCUAGACAUAAAAGGAGCUAUUCAAGCUAUUGCUAUUCUUCCUGAAGCUUUUGUCACUUUUGGUAAAACUCAGAUGCCUCAAUGUAAAUGUACAUUUCACAUGACACAUCUCUCAAACCACCACAAGGGUGAGUUCUGAUAUCUGUAAAUUACUUAGAGGAAAAAGGCAAAAUUUGUGUUUUGUUUUUUUUUUGUCUUUCUACAGUUUUUAACACUUUCAUGUAAAGAUUUUCCUGUAUUACUUAAAAUAUUUAUCUAGUUAUCUAUCAUCUAUCCUAUUAACUAGACUUAUACACAUGAAAAACUUUAUAUAACUAUUCACAUAUAUCAAUGAAUUAUACCCCAAAUCCUAAUUGUGAUUA